AUGCGGCGCGCCGGCCAGCCGCGCGCGAGCGCGCCGCAGCGGCGGCGGCCGGCGCCGCUGCUGCGCGCACUCGGCGCCGCCGCGGCGGCCUGUGCGGCGGGCCUGCUGGCCGGCAGCCGCGGCGGGCCCGCGGAGGGCGCAGGCGAGGCCCUGAGGAUCUGCGGCGGGCCCGCGGCGGACGUGGGCGAGGCUCUGAGGAGGAUCUGCGGAGCCCGGCUACCGAGGCUCUACACGCCGGGGGCGCCGUCGUCCACGCCAGAGGGCCCAGAGAGUCCCUCGCGUUGCGGCACAAAUGACGCUGGGCGGCGUUUUGCAUUUUUUGUUCGGCCCAUUGGGUCCCUCGCCCGGCCCCGGGACUGUGGAAGAACGACUCACCGUGGAAAGUUCGUCCUUGGGAAGGGGUCCAGAUCUGUGGGGGCCCACGCUGUGAAACAGUGGGGGCCCACAUUGCGAAACAAAUCGUGA